GGGGGACGCAGGACAAAUGGGCCAGAUCGAGUGAUUUUCAUGUCCAUUUCAAUUCUAUUCCCCACAUCCAAAUGUACAUCAAAUUCAAUCUAAUUAGAAUCAGCUGUUUUGUAAUCCUCUACCGAAAAGCUACCGAGUAGCUAUCAAUCCGCUACCGAGAAGCGGUAUAGCAGAUUCAAAACAGCUAAUUUUAAUUAGAAUGGAUCGAAUUAUGUCUGACAGCACCAGCAACAGAACGCAAAAACGCAAAAGAGAUUUUGUGUACAGAAUAUGCGAACUAUGUCUUUUUUUAAAAUCACGAAGUUUUCCUAUUUGAUUUUUUAAGGGUUCCCAGGUACUAUGAAGCCCGAACAGAGAGUUGCAAGAUAUUCUGGCACCAAAAUUGAAAUGCAUAUAUACAGUUUAUAACAUGUUAUGUAGGGCUAAUGCUUAGAAUUAAGAAUGAAUGCUAGUGUUUUAUGCAGUGCUGUAUGUUGUGUUGUCAGAAUUUUAAAAUUUAGCGGGCGAUUUUGAUGCCUUUAAAUUGCAUCAAAAGUGUCGUGUUACUAAUGCGUUAAAUCAGCUUAAGGCCUAAUAUACUAUUUCAUUUUAUGAAUGUAUUUUGAAAUGAAUAAAAAAGAAGAAAGAAACGUAACUGUACAAAAAAUAUUUAUUAGUUUAAAUUAAGUACAAUCAAAAUUGUAGGCCUAGUAAUAAGCAAAAAAAAUAAAUAAUAAUAAAUUAAAUCGUAACUGAGGCGAUGAAAGAUCAAUGAAAAUGUACGAUUACUGGGGUCAUAUUUUAUUUCUAUACAUGGAAUUGAACAUUAUACAUAUUUGGGAGAUUAAAAUAAUUCAUAUUUAGAUACGUACAUCCGUCUUAUGGUAAAUCAAAUCAUAUUUUAAAGAAUGAAAGAGGAAGAACCCGAGUUGUCUUAUCUACCUGGCCACAUAAACACGCGGGGAUAUGUAGUGCAGGGAAGCCUUUCGUCUGCAUAACACAACACAUCAUUCCGAACCAAGAUGGAGUCUCUAAGUACGCGAACUAGAAUAAAGAACAUCACAGACCAGAAAAAAAGAAAGAAGGUCGAAGAAAUUUUAAACCCACUUAUUCUGGAUGAUGUAGCUAUUAAAAAGAUAAUGGACGCAUUCGAAGGUCAGAUUUCACUGGCCAACACCAUGAACCCUGAAGAAAGGGAGAAGUCUAAUUUGUUAUGGGAAUGCACUUAUGUAAGAAAUCUUUUGAAAGGGAAUGAGAAUGGCGAUUACAUUGGCCUUGACCUUGGAGGCACGAAUUUUCGUGUCGUUCGUGUGGUAAUGAAGAACGGGGUCGCAAACACAACCACAAAAUAUUACAACUUAGACGAAAAUCUUCUGUCUGGGCCCUGUAUACACGUAUUUGAUCAUAUUGCUGAAAGUUUGGAAAAGUUUCUACGAGAAGAAAACAUCGAAACCACGAAUGCUCUACCUGUCGGGUUUACCUUUUCAUUCCCCUCUGAUCAGAGAACGCUGAAACAUAGCGUACUUAUAACUUGGACUAAGUCUUUCAAAUGUCCUGACGGCCCGGGACUAGAUGCAUGCGUUUUGCUGGAGGAAGCCAUUGCUAGGAGAAAGAAGAGCAUGCCUGUGGAGCUGGAUGUGAUGGCCAGGAUCAGUGAUACAACAGGCGCGUUAAUGGCUGGAAAUUAUGUGGACAAAAAUUGUCGAAUUGGAGUCAUUCUCGGAACCGGAUCGAAUGCAUGUUUUGUGGAACGUCUCGAAAAUUAUAACAAGUUUGAAAGCAGCGAUCCAAAUACUAAGCAGAUUUUGGUAAAUGUGGAGUGGGGAGCUUUUGGCGACAAUGGGUGCUUAGACUUUUGCAGAAACGAAUAUGAGAAAGAGGUCGAUUUGUAUUCAAACCAUCCUCAUUCAUACACGUUUGAAAAACGGUUUGGAGGGUUGUAUUUAGGGGAACAGGUGCGAUUGCCUCUUGUCAAGCUUAUUGAGGAAGGAUGUCUUUUCAAUGGAAAAUCCUCACCGGAACUUAUGAAGAGAUGGGGAUUUGCUACCGCCAAUGUAACUUCCAUCGAAGAAGAUACCGAAACAUCUGAGAGAACAUGGUCGGUCCUGCGGGAUUUCCAUUUAGCAGAUAUGGCCACGGAAGAAGAUGUGUCACUCGUGAGAGAAGUUUGUGCCAUAGAAUCAGAAAGAGGUUCCAAGAUAGUGGCCGCUGUAUUAGCUGUUCUGUUGAACCACAUUAAUUUACCGGAAGUUACCAUAGCAUUUGAUGGAUCCUUGUACGAGAGACACCCAAAAUAUAGUUUCCAUAUAGCUGAUCUAUUAGCUAAACUAGUCCCAACUACUCAGACAAAGUUGAUUUUGGUGAAAGAUGGGAGUGGUCAGGGAGCCGCUUUUGUGGCCGCGGUAGAAUACGAACAACCAUAGACCAACCAGAAAAGCCAUAGACAAAACAUAAUCAAGUCAUAGAAUCCAUAGAAACGUCACGGACAAACCAUGAAUUAUAGACAAACCAUGACACCGAAGUUUAAAAGCACUAAAGACCAUGUGGCAGUACUGUAAGAAAGUGAUAUCAAUAACAACAAACAUUACAAUUACGCCUGACCGGAAAUGUAGAAAAGCAGCCAUAAUUUACCACGUGACUGAACAGUGUCAAAGGAAUCUACCCUAAAGACCCGGAUUGGAGAAAAUUGCAUAUUUGUAUAAAAACAAUUAAUUAAUUGUUAUGCUUCGUUUAUAAAGGAAGGAAGAACCAGCUGCACAUUGUGACUAUGGAUCUGUUUUAUAUUCAGAUUUAGCUGUUCAUAAGGAAUUAAAGUGUACCACGUACAA